AUGGCAAUUCCACAACAUGAAGAAUUAUAUCCACAAGCAGAAUAUUCCAAAAAUGGUCAAUUGAAAAUGCUGAUAGUGACCAUCCACAAUGAAAUAGUGAACUUGACCUUAGAACCGAGUAUGCAGUCGCUAGUGUCUCCACAUUUUACUACUAUUUUUCGAAAUGUUAAAGGUGGAGGAAGUUUGAAUAUCGGACGACCACCAAAUAAUUGCCAUUAUCAGCACAAAUCAAGUGAAAUAUUCGCAGCUGUCAGCAAUUGUGAUGGCAGUCUCAAAGGAGUAAUCUUAACACCUGAUGAAAUUUAUAUAUUACAUCCGUUACCUGAUCGUCAUAUCCAUCGAUUCAAUCAGGACAACAGAAGUGAUUCAGAUCUUGGACUACAUGUUAUUUACAAACGUGAAAUAGCACAGAAAGAAUUUUGUGGACUUCAGUCCAUCAUUUCAUCUACCGAACUUACAGAAGAUGAAAAUGCAGUAAGUGAAGACGUUUAUGCUACUGGACAUCGUCUAACUGUUCAAGGCGAACUUAUCGUAGAAUUGGCGAUUUUUGUAGAUGAAACAUUAUGGAAAGAUUUUAGUAGUAAAUAUGGCUCGUUAGCAAAUAGCAAAUUGCAAGAUUAUGCAUUAACAAUGCUCAACAACGUUCAAAUUAUGUACCAUCAGCCCAGUGCAGUUCCUCAGCUAACAUUCCAUGUUGUUCGUUUCGAAGUGCUUACUUCCCAACCGAACGUAAUGGCACCACACUUGCAUGAUAAUGGCCAUGCUCAAAAAUAUUUGGAUCGCUUUUGUCGUUAUCAAAGAAAUUUGAAUACACGUGAUUGGGAUCACGCAUUAUUGCUUACUGGGUAUGAUAUUCACCGAGGUACUGGAUCGCGAUCAAUUAGUGGUAUUGCACGUCUUGAUGGAAUGUGUGAUCCAUGGAAUACCUGCACCUUAGCUGAAGGACUAGAUUUUACUUCAGCUUUCAUAGGCACUCAUGAACUUGGCCACAGUGUUGGAAUGCGCCACGAUGAGCCAUAUUGUCCAUCAAACCAUAUAAUGAGUUCUUCACUGGGUCCUGGAAAAGUUACGUGGUCCACUUGUAGUUUGCGUGACUAUCAUGCGUUCUUGCAACGUCUCGAUAAUGGUGGUAAAAAUUGCUUAAGAGUAUCAAAUUUACCUCAGAGAUUGACAGUAAGGGCUGAUCUUAAACCAGGACAAGUUUACAACGCAGAUACACAGUGCUAUAUGAUGCAUGGCCAAGGAUAUCGACAGAUUACUCCAAGACAAGAUCAUUACGAUGGCAUUUGCUAUAUGAUGUGGUGUGGUCAAUCAUUAUUUGGUCGAAUUAUUACUUCACAUCCAGCACUUGAAGGAACAUUUUGUGGACCAUCAAAAUGGUGCGAACUUGGCCGAUGUGUGCCAUGGCCUGGAGGUGGUUCAGCACAAAUACCUAAACAUGUUGAUGGUGGAUGGUCACAAUGGUCUGAGAUUUCUUGUCAAUCUUGUACUUGCACAGAUAUCAUAGGUAGUGUUGGUUUAGUAUUUAGUAUUCGAAGUUGUAAUAAUCCUUCGCCUUCAAAUGGUGGGGCAGAAUGCAUUGGAUCAUCACAACGUGCAGUUGUUUGUAAUAGAUAUUGUACUUCCUCAAGAAAGUCAGUUGAAAAGUACAUCAGUGAACGUUGCACAGAACAAAAAAGACUGAAAAAUGAUGCAGAUUUGACGGGCAAUGGCAGUCAAUUAACACGUUAUCCACAACGUGCAUGCAAGGUUUUUUGCGAUGUAGCAAGUCGGUAUGGAUCUCAGCGAAACUAUCGUUUCUUUGGCGAUAUACUUCCAGAUGGUUCUCCUUGUGCUAGUAAUAAGUAUUGUCUCAACGGAGAAUGCCUCCCAUUAUCUUGUGAUGAUAGCGCGUUAAUUACACGUGACGUGGAGUGUUCUAGUAUUAAAAAUCGAUGUCCACAAAGAAGUGUUAUACUAAAUACUACAAGUGCUUAUCAGUGGUCAACUUGGUCAAGCUGGUCAUUAUGCUCACAGACAUGUGGAACAGGUUACAAACAAAGAGCACGAUCAUGUAACGGUGGAAAUCAACGCUGCAGUGGUGCAUCAUCAGAGCAAGUAUUAUGUAACUUACCAGUAUGCGAUACUAAGACAGGAUCAGUAGCAGAAGGUGUAUGGAGUGAUUGGACUCCUUGGAAUCAAUGUUCCGUGACGUGUGGUAUUGGCUCACAAGCACGCUACCGUAGAUGUACAAGUAGUGCAAUGGAAAGAAGAGAAUGCAAUAUGGGUGUGUGUAUUGAAGAAAAAGUUGGUUUGUGGGGUAGUUGGACAGAUUGGUCUCAAUGUUCAGUUACCUGUGGACCAGGAAUUCAGAGUAGAAAUCGGUACUGUACUAAAGAACCAUGCGAUGGUUCGGGACAGUCAAGAAUGUCAUGUAAUUUGGGUCCUUGUAAAGUAGCUACUCAGUGGUCGGAAUGGAGUGGAUGGACACAAUGCUCAAAAACUUGUGAAAAUGGUAUACGAACUCGAGACAGAAGGUGUUUGUCACAAAAUGGUUGUAGAGGAAACGAUCGAGAGCAAGAAGAAUGCAACAAAGGGUUAUGUCCUUCUUCAAUACCAUCUACGGUAGGUGUUUGGUCAGGAUGGUCUGCUUGGAAUGCUUGUAGUUCGACUUGUGGAGGAGGUUAUAAAUGGCGUACACGAUACUGUCAACAUGGUACAUGCAGUGGUGCAUACAGUGAUACAUUAUCAUGCAAUACUCAAAGUUGCGAAUUAUCAUCUUCAGUAACUACCGCUUCAUGGGGAGGCUGGGGUUAUUGGUCACCAUGUUCGGAAACGUGUGAUCGAGGUGUACGAAAACGUGUACGCAAAUGCUAUGGUUCUGGUGGAAAGUGUCCAGGAAACGAAUAUGACCGCCAAGUAUGCAAUGUGCGAAGGUGCUCAGGCUGAAU